AUCUUUGGUGGAGACACUCGCACGAUUCGAGAAGGACGUGAAGCAGACCGACACCGGGUUCCUGGCGAUAGCAACAGAGGUGGAGAAUGACAGAGAGGAAGCCUCGGAAACUCCAGAAAAAAUCAAGGAAUUACUGAAGGAGUUCCAAGAUAUUCUUCCUGACGAUCUUUCGAACGAGCUACCGCCAUACCGAACGCAUCAACACGAGAUCGUGGAGGAACCGGGUUCGAAGCCGACCUUCCGAGCACCAUAUCGGCUCAGCCCUACGGAGCUGACCGGCAUGAAAAAACAAAUCGAGUAUCUCCUAGCCAAAGGACUCAUCCGACCAUCCACUUCGCCAUACGGUGCCCCAGUACUCUUCACACCGAAACCGGACGGAAGCCUGCGCAUGUGCAUCGACUACCGAGCUCUUAACAAGCAGACCAUCAAGAAUAAAUAUCCGAUACCGCGAAUCGAUGACCUGCUUGACCAGCUUCGGGGAGCUACGGUAUUUUCCAAACUGGAUCUGCGGUCCGGAUACUGGCAGAUACGGAUGGCGGACAACUCUAUCCACAAAACUGCUUUCCGAACUCGGUACGGAUCGUACGAGUAUUUGGUCAUGCCGUUCGGACUCACCAACGCGCCGGCAACAUUCCAAGCCGAAAUGAACCACAUUCUACGACCACUUCUGGACGAAUGCGUGGUGGUGUACCUGGACGACAUACUCAUCUACUCGCGCGACAUGAAGCAGCACGUCGAACACCUGCGACGCAGCGAAUUCGCCCUGGAGAAAGUCCAAUUUCUAGGACACAUGGUGAGCGCUCAAGGAGUUCACGUCGACCCCAAGAAAAUCGAAGCCGUACGCACGUGGAAGACACCCGAGAACGUGAAGGAGUUGCAGCAGUUCCUAGGCUUCGCUAAUUACUACAACAGGUUCGUGCCACAAUAUGCGAAACUCGCGGCACCACUCACGAAUCUGCUGAAGAAGAACACGCCCUACAAAUGGGAGACGAAGCACCAGGAAGCCGUGGAGCAGCUGAAACAAGCACUGACAUCCGCACCGGUGCUCAUCUUGCCAGAUCCCGAACGCGACUACGUAAUCGAAGCUGACGCCAGCGACCGGGCAGUGGGAGCAGUCUUAAUGCAAGACCAGGGGAAUGGACUGCAACCAAUUUCCUACCUCAGCAAGAAACUGCACGGGGCAGAACUCAACUACCCGAUACACGACAAAGAGGCUCUUGCUAUCAUCAUCGCCUUCAAAGCGUGGAGAUGCUAUCUCGAAGGACGAAGAACAACCGUCUACACCGACCACUGCAGCCUGAAAUAUUUGAAGACACAACCCAACCUUUCCAAGCGGCAGGUCCGGUGGAUCGACUUCCUCGAGACACACUUCCACUACGACAUCGUGUACAAGCCCGGCCACAAGAACAAAGCAGACGCUCUCAGCCGGCCUGCACACGUUGCCGCGAUUCAGGUCGAAGGGAUGAAUCCACUACUCAAGGGACUCUUCACCCACGGGUACGCCAUCCACCCCGAAAUUCCCUUGGCAGAAAAGCGACAUUUGCUACAGUGGGACAAUGACAUCGCGUACCGGAAGGGAUCCACAAAAAUCUGGGUACCCAAUUACCCUCCUUUGCGCCAGUUACUACUCGAAGAAUACCACGACGUCCUGUACGCCGGCCACUUCGGUAGCAACAAGACGCUCACCGGUAUCGCCAAACACUACUACUGGCCCCAUAUGGCAGACGACGUCCAGAAAUUCGUCACCUCGUGUGAUACAUGUCAGCGGAUGAAGAGCAGCAAGCAGAAAAAGGCGGGACUACUGCAGCCUCUUCCUGUCCCAGAACAACCAUGGCAAGUGGUUAGCCUAGAUUUCAUCACCGGGUUACCACCUACCUCCAGCGGUCAUGACGCCAUCCUUGUCGUCAUUGACAAGUUCUCCAAAAUGGGACACUUCAUCCCGACACACACGACGGCACGCACCGAGGAGACAGCACAGCUCUUCGUUCGUCACAUCAUCUCACAGCAUGGCAUCCCAACUACACUCAUCUCCGACCGAGACCCCAAGUUCACUAGCAAGUUCUGGAAGGAACUUAUGUCUCUGCUCGGCACCAAACUCGCCAUGUCAUCCGCAUACCAUCCGCAGACAGACGGACAGACCGAGCGCCUCAACCAAAUUGUUGAGCAACUCCUCCGAGCAGCCUGCAAGGACGACAUCUCCAAAUGGGACUUGCACCUGCCCGUACUCGAGUUUGCUUACAACAAUGCUACACAUGCCGCUACUGGACAGACGCCGUUCUUCCUCUGCUACGGACGCCACCCACUCACACCACAGAAACCGACAACAUCAGCAACAGUCCAACCUGCACACGACUUCAUCACAACCAUGCAUCAACUUUGGGAUCGGACCCAUACGCGCCUCCUUGACAUUCAACAGCAACAAAAGCGCCAAGCCGAUCGCCAUCGCAACGAUCAUACCAUCACGGUGGGAGACCAGGUGCUUCUUGACACCCGCAACCUGGACAUCAGCCAUCUCCCAUCUAAACUUCGACCUCGCUUCUGCGGGCCUUUUCUCGUUGACGCACAGGUCACUCCUGUUACCUUCCGCUUACGCCUGCCAGCUACCUGGAAGAUUCACAAUGCCUUCCAUGUCCAACUUCUGAAGCCCUAUCGGGACCCGAACACAAUUUUCGCCGGACGCCAGCCGCCGCCGCCGCCGCCCGUCCUCGUCCAGAACGAACCCGAGUACGAGGUCGAGUCCGUGCUUGCACAUCGUCGACGUCGGAAUGGCACCGUGGAGCUUCUUAUUCGUUGGAAGGGCUAUGAUCCUUCUGAGGACAGCUGGGUCUCUGAAACCGACAUGGGUAACGCCCGUCGUCCUCUGCAUGACUACCUUGUCAAGCAGGGUGUUACUUCUACCACCCAGCUUUGAGGGGGGGAAAUGUGAGAGUACG